AUGAACAAUCAUAGGUCAACUUAUAUCAAUCAAAUUUUGGAACGAAAAGACCCCUAUGAGGCUACUGAGACAUUGAGGAUACGACUAUCACAGGCUAAACUUUUGAACACAAACUUAUAUUUAUUUUUGAAUCAACUUGCUGAUCUAAGGAGAAACUAUAACCAACAACUGCGUAAGAUAAUUAUUGAAAAUGAAGAUUUAAAUAGUAUGCUUAGAAAGCAAAUGAUUGAAAACAAUGUUCUUACAGCCGAGGAAAUGCAACACUUUACAUUCAAUUCUUUAGGAGAAAUAGAACCUCUAUGGAAUACACUGGUAUCAGAAUUAAAACUCGAUCUUGCUGCUAACACUAAAUUCAGUAAGGUUAUCGAAGAUGAGGUAAUUUUAGGUAUCAAAAAUUCUGUGGAGAAGAAUAGCAAUUGGGGAACCAGCAAGCACCUUCAUUCCAAGUUAAGUAAGGUAGCAGUCUCAUUAAAAAGAAAUAAGGACCCUAAUACACAUGCUGAACUCCAAUCAGAAUGGGAUGCCGAUAAAGCAAAACUAUUCCAAAUUUUCGAAACAAUGGACUAUGAAAGACUUUAUUCAGUCAAAGAUUGUCUGUUGAAGUACCAAUCUGGUUAUACCGAUUAUAUUUUAAAGACAACCGAAAAAUGUGACACAUACAUGACACAGUUUUUGGAGUUCAACCCUGAGAAAGAAAUUCAAAGAUUUGCCAAUGAUGCUUCCAAUUACAAAUUUAGCCAAGUGCAACCCGGAAAUAAUGCUAAGUAUGCCCCAUCUAAUAUGAACACACCAAACCAGGAAAGAGGCUCAUUCAAUGAUAAAACGUCUCCAAGUAGAUUUGCUUCAGCUUCAACUGUAAUUAAGCAUGAUAUGGGAUCGGAGCAACCUAUCAUGCUGGAAGACUCUACGACUUAUAAAAAUAUGAACAAAACCCAGAAGCUGAAAUCGAAAAUGGGUUCCAUUUUUGGUAAAAAUAAGUUAAAGAGCAAAAAAUCGCAACAACGCUUAAGCUCUUCACCUGAAAAACCACCAUUAUCAAAAUCAUUUAGCUCAGCAAGUGCGUCAACUAAUUAUUCUAGUAGAAAGUCGCAAAUGGCUUCAACAAUGCAAACACCUCAAGUAGACAUACAAAAUCGUGAAAGUGGUAUUACCGACCAGAUUUCCUCAAGUAAUAUUUCAACUCCAAAAAGCUUCCAACAGCAACCAAAAAUUGAACAAGCUCCAAUCGCUUCAAUGAGUCAACCUGCUUUAAUACCCAACCAAAAGGACAAGCCUCUGCCAGAUAUUAACCAAAGUAAAAAAGAAAGAGAUAUAGUUUCCGAUCAAAAUGCGAAAUCUACCCCAGAAAUAAUUCAACAUAAACCUUUGCACAUCACAUCUCCAAAUUCUUCAAAGUCGCAAACACCACGGCAAUGGUCGACAAGCAGUGCUGCAUCAACUACUAAUAAUGAGCCACCAGCAUACUCACCACAUCUAAGCAACAAUGAUAACAUGCCAAACAACACAGCUGCGAAUACACUUGGGAGUCAACAAAUGAUGCAGCCACAAUUAACUGGCGAGUUAACUGCUCUGCAAGCUCAAACCACGGGUGCUACCGGUACAUCAAGCGCUAAUAAUUCCCUCUUUCAACAUCUACCGGACGAUUUCUCAAUAUUUGGACUUAAUGCUAGUAUUGCCGAAGUGUUGAAUGCAACCUUUAAGGAUGGUGUCUUAACAUCUUCUCAACUAGUAGGAGAAGUUGCACUGAAUUAUGUCAAGAAUACGGUGAUGAACACCCCUCUUCCCAUCGGAUUGAAUCUACAGGUUACGAAUGCAUCAACCUUCAACAAGGUCAUUUUAAAUCAGGCAUUUAUGGAGAAGGUGGCGGAUACAGAAUAUAAAGUUAAUCCACAAUUUAUAGAUGGUAGAACAUUGGGGGCUAUGAAAUACUCAAUCGAUAACACGACCGUGCCUGUUGUCAUACACCCAAUAUGGAAAUUUGAGCCUCAUCAAGCCAGUGUAGUAUUAACUGUUGGUCUCUCAAAUCAAAUUCCAGAAAGCAUAAACGAGUUGACUCUCAGUGAUUUUACUGUAAUGGUAAAUAUUGCUGGUACUGAGAGUACAAGUGCAUUAUCCAAACCACAAGGUACAUUUAAUAGAGAAAAGAACAGAAUUACCUGGAAGUUCAAGGAGCCACUCACGAUUUCUAGGGAUGGUGAGAAUGUUAAAUUAAUUGGUAGGUUUAUGACAAAUGGACAGGGUUUUGAACCUAGUGAUGGUGUAAUGCUAAAAUUUGUAAUUCGUGAGCAACAGGGGCAACAGGAUGCUUCAAUAAAUAUAAUAGGCAGUAAGAUAACAUUGUCCGUUCAAGAAUACGAUGUUGAAAAUCCAUUCGGAGGUGAAUGGCAACCAAUGAGAACAAACAGAACACUGGCCAGCGGAAAUUAUAUCGCUACAUCAUAA